AAAAUGCCUCUUUAUUUCCCUUCCUUCCUCCAGAUACCAGAGAUGAGACUGAGGUUUCUCACCGGUUCCUAAGCCCAGUCAGAGCUGUCAGGUAAUUACAGGGUAACCGACAGCCCAGAGCCGGACGGGCGUGGAGCUGGAGCGUCAGUCUCGCCGGGCGCUCCUUCCCUGCGCCCCUGUCUGGAAAGAGGAGACCUGGAGGCCGGGUUAAACUUUAACAUGGGCGGGCGCAGAGCAGGGGGACCAGCCGCCUUUCCUCUGGCCGAGCUGGUCAGAGCUCUGCGGGCCGCCGUCCUUGCUUGAGAGCGCGUGGUCGCUCCGAUCUCUGCCCAGGCUGGUAAACAAGGGCGUGGAAAAGAUACCCCAGUCUGUGGUGACGAGGACUCCAGUGCCCGAAGUGCAGCUCGCCCGGCCCUAGCUCAGUGCCGAGCUCUCAGUGUGGACUGGGCUGGCCCCGGGAGCCCCCACGGGCUCUACCUGACCCUGCAGCAGGCCCUGCAGGACAAGGGGUGCAAGAGCCAGAGUCAGGGGAAGAAAGAAGAGAAGCUUCAGUAGAGGCAGGUGCCAGCCCCCAGGCGGGCCCGGGAGGCCUGGGAAGCUGGUGGCACGAUGAAUGUAGAGAACACAGGUGGGCGUCUCUUUGGCAGCGGGAGGUGCUUGAGCCUGUUGGGGCCGCCUGGUGCGGCCCCCGUGGUGCAUAGGAUGGUGGAAGCCAUGUCCCAGCUCCAGGAGGAGAAGGCCCAGCUACAGGAGGAGCUGGUGGUCCUACGGGAGAGCCUGGCCCUCCGUGACAGUGACCAACAGGCAACAUCCACUCAGCGGCAGAACCAGGUGGAACACCUGAAGGAGAAGCUCAUUAGCCAGGCCCAGGAAGUGAGCCGACUGCGAUCCGAGCUGGGGGGUACCGACUUGGAGAAGCACCGGGACCUGCUGAUGGUGGAGAAUGAGCGACUGAGGCAGGAGAUGCGGCGCUGCGAGGCCGAGCUGCAGGAGCUUCGUGCAAAGCCACUGGGCCCCUGCCCGGGCUGUGAGCACAGCCAGGAGAGUGCCCAGCUCCGUGACAAGCUGUCCCAGCUGCAGCUGGAGAUGGCGGAAAGCAAAGGCAUGCUGUCAGAGCUGAACCUGGAGGUGCAGCAGAAGACCGACCGGCUGGCCGAGGUGGAGCUGCGGCUCAAGGACUGCCUGGCUGAGAAGGCGCAGGAGGAGGAGCGGCUCAGCCGGCGCCUGCGUGACAGCCACGAGACCAUCGCCAGCCUGCGGGCCCAGUCCCCACCUGUCAAGUAUGUCAUCAAGACAGUGGAGGUGGAGUCGCCCAAGACCAAGCAGGCCCUCAGUGAGUCCCAGGCCCGGAACCAGCACCUGCAGGAGCAGGUGGCCAUGCAGAGGCAGGUGCUGAAGGAGAUGGAGCAGCAGCUGCAGAGCUCGCACCAGCUGACCGCGCGGCUCCGGGCACAGAUUGCCAUGUACGAGUCGGAGCUGGAACGGGCGCAUGGGCAGAUGCUGGAGGAGAUGCAGUCCCUGGAGGAGGACAAGAACCGGGCCAUCGAGGAGGCCUUCGCCAGAGCCCAGGUGGAGAUGAAGGCUGUGCAUGAGAAUCUGGCAGGCGUUCGGACCAACCUGCUGACACUGCAGCCGGCUCUGCGGACCCUCACCAAUGACUACAACGGGCUCAAGCGGCAGGUGCGCGGCUUCCCGCUGCUGCUGCAGGAGGCACUCAGGAGCGUCAAGGCCGAGAUAGGCCAGGCCAUCGAGGAGGUCAACAGCAACAACCAGGAGCUGCUGCGCAAGUACCGGCGCGAGCUGCAGCUGCGCAAGAAAUGCCACAAUGAGCUCGUGCGGCUGAAAGGGAACAUCCGAGUGAUUGCUCGUGUCCGGCCAGUCACCAAAGAGGAUGGGGAAGGGCCUGAGGCCACCAAUGCUGUGACUUUCGAUGCCGACGAUGAUUCCAUUAUCCACCUGCUGCACAAGGGCAAGCCUGUGUCCUUUGAGCUGGACAAGGUCUUCUCCCCACAUGCCUCGCAGCAGGACGUGUUCCAGGAGGUACAGGCCCUGAUCACCUCUUGCAUCGAUGGUUUCAAUGUCUGCAUUUUCGCGUAUGGCCAGACAGGGGCCGGCAAGACGUACACAAUGGAGGGGACCCCUGAGAACCCAGGUAUCAACCAGCGGGCCCUGCAGCUGCUCUUCUCCGAGGUGCAGGAGAAGGCAUCCGACUGGGAGUACACCAUCACCGUCAGCGCCGCCGAGAUCUACAACGAGGUCCUCAGGGACCUGCUGGGGAAAGAGCCUCAGGAAAAAUUGGAGAUCCGGCUGUGCCCAGACGGCAGUGGACAGCUGUAUGUGCCAGGGCUGACUGAGUUCCAGGUGCAGAGUGUGGACGACAUCAACAAGGUGUUUGAGUUUGGCCACACCAACCGCACGACGGAGUUCACCAACCUGAACGAGCACAGCUCCCGCUCGCAUGCGCUGCUCAUCGUGACGGUGCGAGGCGUGGACUGCAGCACGGGCCUCCGCACCACGGGGAAGCUGAACCUGGUGGACUUGGCUGGUUCGGAGCGCGUGGGCAAGUCCGGGGCUGAGGGCAGCCGUCUGCGGGAGGCGCAGCACAUCAACAAGUCACUGUCGGCUCUGGGGGACGUCAUUGCUGCUCUGCGCUCCCGCCAGGGCCACGUGCCCUUCCGCAACUCCAAGCUCACUUACCUGCUGCAGGAUUCGCUUAGUGGUGACAGCAAGACCCUUAUGGUGGUACAGGUGUCCCCGGUGGAGAAGAACACCAGUGAGACACUUUAUUCCCUCAAGUUUGCUGAGCGGGUGCGCUCUGUGGAGCUGGGGCCUGGGCUACGCAGGGCAGAGCUUGGGUCCUGGUCAAGCCAGGAGCAUCUAGAGUGGGAGCCAGCUUGUCAGAUGCCACAGCCCUCGGCACGGGCCCACUCAGCACCCAGCUCCGGGACCAGUAGUCGCCCUGGCUCCAUCCGGAGGAAGCUGCAGCCCUCGGGGAGGUCGCGGCCGCUGCCUGUGUGAUGGAGGUGCCCACCCCAUUGGGCCUGGAGCUGGGCCUGAGGCCUCACUGGCCUGUUCCUGCUGCAGCGCCAGGACCCUGGAGGUGGAGGCAAGCGGAGGCUCCUCUUCUGCCCCAUCUCCCCUCAGAGAUGAGAAACAUGCUCAGAAAGAAAUGGUGUCUCUCGGCUGUGGCUCUGAGCACAAACUGCAUGGGUGGAAAGGCAGGGGUGGCUGCUCUUCCUGGCAGGCCUGGGCCGUCAGCAAGCUGGGCCCGUGAGGAGGGCAGGAAUGUGAAGGAGGGCGAGCCUCUCACCUGGCCAGGGGCGGACAAGGGUCCCCCAGGCUGCCCCGGCUCCUCAGCUUGCAGGGCUGGCCAGCCCCCUCCUUGGCAGGUGGGAGAGGAGCCUCCGGCAGGCCCAGGAACCAUGGAGACUGUGGUGUGUUGGUGGCACCAAGGGCAGCCCUGCCCCCCCCUUCUCCUCCAAGGAGGGGUCCCGCAGCUACGGAGUGACAGAGGCACACGGUGUCCUGCCACAGGGCCGUGCCGUAGUUAUGGCUGGCAGAGGCAGCUGGCGGGUGGGGGAUUCUGCUGCUCCCUUACCUGCCUGGCUCACUGGCCUCUUGAAUUUUCUUCCCUCUGAAAUCCUAUUUAAGAACUUUUGGAAGCUUUGCCAUUUUUACUUAUUAAAAUAAAAGCCUUUUUACACAA